UUUGCGUUACGACAGCAUGGCGGAAGUCGACCGAUGUAUAAGGAUGUAAUUCCUUGUUCUUCCAUCAAAUUAUUCCUCCAACAUUCUCUCUAUCAGUGAACUAAUUAAAGAUGGGAGAUAACUUUUGCCAGAGGAGUUUGGAGUAAUGGCGACUAUCUCUGUGGUUUGUUGGUAGGCCUUUGCUGGCCCCCAAAAUGGCAAGCAGGACAACCCAGAGUCCCUCACGCAUUCCAAUCCCUGUUCGAAGCCCUCCGCCUCCUAUGAAUGGGCGAUUGGCAGCUAGAGAACAGAGGGAAGCCAACAAACUGAAGGAAAAAGACAGUCUCACUUUGACCGUUCAUGAAAACGGUAUUAUUGAGGAGGUGUCUCCUCAGGCUAUUUCUCCACAGAACAGGAAGGGAAAAGGCUUUGAAACAUUUCUCAUGACAGGAGACAUGAUAAUCAAAACUACUCCUCCACAUCAGCCGAAAUCAAGGCAAGAUGGCAGCAAGUCUGGCACCCCAAAGAGUGGCGGGGAGGAUUUGAGUUACAGUGAUGUGGAUGGAAGUAUACGCAGUGACCAGUCCAGCCUGGUCUAUUCCCCUCACCUCAAUCUGUCUGGGGUACAGCAGACUGUGAAAAAUACACCGUCUCCAGCCUUUCCUCUUGAGCUUCCAAGGGCACCUGUUGCUACUGUCGAAGACCUUAGUGAUAUGUCUCAGUCCUCAGGGAGCGAAUCACUCAUAGCCUCUCUCAAUGAAAAAAUGCAGCUUUCACAAGGAGAAAAAGUGUCUCCUGUUACUGAGGACAGUUCCAAAGAGGCUGUGAGGUCACCAGUUGAGGUGAUAAUUGUCAAUGGUGAUCGUGGCUCAGACAAAAGUUUACAGGAUGUACCCAGUUCCGGUGAUAGUGGUGUGCACCCUGACAUCCACAGCUCCGACUCAGAUGUAGGAGAGAAGUCCUCUUCUCUCCCGGAAGUGCCAAAUUCAGAAGAUGCCAUCAAUAGGGUCAUGGUCACCAGUAAAAGUGCAGAGAAAAUUACAAGUCAGUCAAAACAAGCCCAACCACAGCAGUUAGUAAGAACCAGUAAAAGCCAUGAGAAUUACUUAGAGUCUGGAAAUGCAAUGCAGCUUGUGACUAUAGACAUUGAUGACAACAUGGCCUAUUCCUUGGACCAGCUUGCUUACUGCAAUGACAGUUCCACUGCCUCCCUUGAUAAUGUUAGUGAGCCUGCUUCACGGAGUUUACACAACUCUCCGGAAAGGAAGCCGACAGAAAAGACUUCUGAGCGAGUGUUCAUGCCUGCAUUCAUAAGUCUUGAUGAUCCAAAACCGCUAAAAGCCAAAGUGAAAGAUAAACUGAAAGAUGAUGAUGAUUCACCUAAUGGUUAUGGUGAAAGACUUGCUGUAAAUAAUAGUGCUUUGGAAACCAGUAGAUCGGGAUCAACCCUUUCAAGUCACUAUACAUCCAGGAAUGAGUAUGGUGAAGUACAAGACAUCAACCAUAUAGACCUGGAGUUGGAAUUCUCAGAUGCAGAGAGUCUUUACCAUCAGCCAAUGAAGGGAGUGGAUAGACCAUCUGCUUCCAGACUGGCUAAAAGAUUGUUUAUGCUCGAUGGUUUUCGUAAGAGUGAUGUAUCAAGGCAUUUAUCAAAAAAAAAUGAGUUCAGCACACUGGUGGCGGAAGAGUAUCUCAAGUUCUUUGACUUCAAGGGGCUUACGCUGGACGGGGCUCUUCGCAAGUUUCUGCUGCAGUUUUCACUGAGCGGGGAGACACAGGAGAGGGAGAGAGUGCUGGCUCACUUCUCCCACCACUACAUGAUCUGUAACCCAGGAUCUUUCAACUCGGAUGACGCUUGUCACACCUUAACAUGUGCAAUAAUGCUGCUCAACACAGAUUUACAUGGACAGUUUGUUGGGAGGAAAAUGACCUGUUCUGAAUUUAUUGAUAAUUUAUCUGAGCUAAAUGAUGGUGAGAAUUUCCCCAGAGAAGUCCUGAAGUCAAUCUACCAGUCGAUCAAAUCCGAGCAGUUAGACUGGGCUGUGGAUGACGAUGUGCCAGAGGCCGAUGCUUCCCAAGAGGCUCAAUCAGGCUCUGGACCCAUAAUAGGACAAAACCCUUUCCUAGAUACUCCUGACCCGAAUAAGACAACGGAGUACAAGAAAGGCUAUGUGAUGAGGAAGUGCUGCAAAGAUAUGGAUGGCAGAAGAACCCCCAUGGGUAAGCGAGGCUGGAAGAUGUUCUGUGCUGUGCUGAGGGACAUGAUCCUGUACCUGUACAAGGACGAGCAUCAGCUGAAGAAGGGGGGCUUCGUGGAGAGCGCCAACAACUCAAUCCGCAUCCACCACUCCCUGGCCACCAAGGCCACAGACUACACCAAGAAACAGCACGUGUUCCGGCUGCAGACAGCUGACUGGUGCGAGUACCUCUUCCAGACAAGUGACAGUAAAGAAUUGCAAGAGUGGAUUGAUACUAUUAACAUGGUUGCUUCCACGUUCUCUGCUCCCCCACUCCCUGGAGGGUGUGGCUCCAAGACCAGGUUCCAGCGCCCUCUACUGUCAUCCUGCUACACUAGGCAUAAUAUGAAGGACCAGCUGCUGACCCAUGAGGACCAUGUGAACAGCCUGGAGCAAGACCUUCACCAACACCGAGCCAUGGCCCCAGAGAAGGGGGCCAAGGUCAGGGUCAUACAAGACUACCUUGAUAAGGAAAACUACCUCGAAUUUGAGCUUAAAAGAUACAAAACUUACGUGUAUCUCCUUCAAGCCAAAAUGACAAGCUUUCCCGAGCUUGAACCUUCUCUUGUCGAGACUGCCAUUGGGGAAGAUGAGGAAGUAGGCGUGGCAAGUGAUGUCCCCCGGGCACCAACUGUCCCUAUCUUCUCCACCCCAGCCAAGCCAGUGCAGCGUAGUCUUUCUGAUAGAAUGGAGGAUAAGGCAGACCUUGAUCUGAGAACUAAUCCUGGCCAUGAGUUUCUCUACAUCAACGUUGAUAGUUUUGAUACUUACCUUUGAUACUUCCUGUGAUGACGCCACGACUGGUGACUGACCGGAUCAAGACGUUAGUGUAGAAUGGUUGUGUGAUUGCAGUUGACCUUAGAGGUUGUAAUAACAUUGAGGGGAUGCUACUGGCUGACCUGAAGCUGACCUGAUGUUGUAGAUCACAGGUGGAAACUUAGGCCCUGGUGACAUUGUUGUGAUGAUGCCAUCACUGAGGUGAUGCUCUGGCUGACCUGAAGCUGACCUGAUGUUGUAGAUCACAGGUGGAAACUUAGGCCCUGGUGACAUUGUUGUGAUGAUGCCAUCACUGAGGUGAUGCUCUGGCUGACCUGAAGCUGACCUGAUGUUGUAGAUCACAGGUAGAAACUUUUUAGGCCCUGGUGACAUUGUUGUAAUGAUG